GCGAACGUGUCCUGUCCUCCAGGUUAAAAACAAUGUGGAGGCAGUCUGUACAGAGGAAGUGCCUCUCCUCCUCCUCUUUGUGGGCUCUGGCCGUGCAGAUAAGAAGCCUCCACUCCUCCCCCUGUCUGCUGAAGAAGAGCCGGACGUCCGCGGAGCAGCGCUGGCUGCAGAGGCAGCUCAGAGACCCGUACGUCAAAGCUUCUCACCACAACAACUUCCGCUGCAGGAGCGCCUUCAAGCUGCUGGAAAUCGACGACCAGUUCCGGCUCCUGCAGCCCGGACACAGCGUGGUGGACUGCGGGGCUGCGCCCGGAGCCUGGAGCCAGGUGGCGGUCCAGAGGGUCAACUCGGCCGGGACAGAUCCGGAGUUGCCGCGCGGCACGGUCGUCGGCAUCGACCUGCUGCACAUCCCUCCCCUGGACGGCGCCCACUUCCUGUCCUGUCACGACGCCACGGACGCCGCCACGCAGGCCAGGCUGCUGGAGCUGCUCCCGGCCGGCCGGGCUCACGUCAUCCUGAGCGACAUGGCGCCCAACGCCAGCGGGUUCAGAGACCUGGACCACGAGAAGCUGGUCACCAUGUGCCUGUCCCUGAUCGACCUGGCCGAGAAGGCCCUGCUCCCCGGCGGCGCCCUGCUGUGUAAAUACUGGGACGGGGCCCUCGCUCACUCGCUCCAGGCCCGGCUCUGCGGCAUGUUCGGCAACGUUCGCAGCCUCAAGCCGGACGCCAGCAGGAAGGACUCGGCCGAGAGGUACUUCCUCGCCAGGGUGUACAGGGAGCCGGCCAGGUGACGGCCGCUGCGUCGCCGGGGUGUGUUCGACUCCCCCGGAGCGCACGCCGCUUCUCACCACUGGCUGUGAGCCUCGGGAGGAAGCUGAUGCUCGAGCGUCCGUCAAGAGGUGGCACUGUUGAGGCAUCGGUCCGGCUCUGCUGCAGGCACUGAGUCAUGAAACACUGUGAAGGGGAUUUUUAUCCCUCCAAACUUAACACAGCAGCAACAGUGCAUCAGGAAUAUGUAAUCCUAUGGACCGAGCAGUGUGAUAUUCCUCAAGAGCCCAGUGCUGCUUUUUUUUUUUUUUUUUUUUUUUGCUCCUCUCCAGUAUCUGUUUGUUCUACACUCAGUUUGCUAUUUGCUUUUGUUACAGAAAGUCAUUUACUAGUGGAGCUUAUGCUAAUAAACUGCACUGGCAGCCAUGUAGAAAUGUGUAAUCAUUCUCUCAUGGAGGGCCGUGAAGGGACGAGGGCAGAGCGGC